AUGCAGUUCAUACUUUCGGAUGAAAAACUCAACACCUGGAUUCAAAUCAACGUUGGCUGGGCUUUUGCUAUCACCCUUUGUGUAUACUCUUGUGGUCAUUUCAAUCCUGCUGUCUCCCUAACGAUGGUGACUCUUGGAAAGCUUUCCGUACCACAUUUUUUAACAUACUGCGUGGCACAAACUUUCGGCGCCUUUUUAGGAGCAGCCGCAGCGCUUGGAAUAUAUUAUGAUCAGUUUGUCCAUUUCACAGAAGGUGUGUUGAAGAUAGUUGGUCCUAAAUCUACGGCACGAUGUUUUUGCUCCUUUCCUGAUCCUCACAUCAGCAAUACAACUUGCUUUUUUGAUCAGAUCGCGGGUACUGGUCUAUUAGUUUUCUUCGUUUGUGUAAUCAUUGAUAAACGAAAUCAUAUUCCUGACGCCGCUCAUCCGUUGCUUUUCGGACUUACAUUGCUUUUGAUCGGAACAAGCUACGGCAUGAAUCUUGGAUAUCCGAUCAACCCAGCCCGUGACUUAGGACCACGAAUAUUGGCCUACUUCAUAUACGGCGAAGAGGUUUUCACAUAUCACGACUACUAUUUCUGGAUACCAAUCGUCGCACCUUGUGUUGGUGGAGUAUUGGCAGCUUGGAUGUAUUACAUUUGCAUUGGUGCUCACAUUCCGGAUCCGAAUGAUGAUUAUCCAUUGCGUAGGAAAUGUGAUUUGGGACUUGAAGCUAGCGAGUCAAGCAGAAGGUCGACGCGGUUCAGACACCGUGUUUCACCAAAGUGA